AUGCAUCCGACGGAGAGUUUGAUCAAACUAUUCAGUGAGUGGGAAAUCCAGCUACUUGUGCUCCUCAGCUUCACACUACAAUUGUUCCUCUUCUUUACUGGUAGCCUUCGGCGCAAUGGCACCAGCGGGUUCCUAAGGCUCUCCAUUUGGGCAGCUUACUUGGGGGCAGACUUAGUAGCAGUUUAUGCCCUUGGCCUUCUCUCACGACAUGAGGAUAUCACCACCACUGAAAGGCACAUUCAACUACUGGCUUUCUUUUGGGCACCAUUCCUCCUCAUCCAUCUUGGUGGGCAGGACACUAUUACUGCUUUUGCCAUGGAGGACAACAACUUGUGGUUGAGGCAUUUGUUGAACCUGGUGGUGCAAGUUCUCUUAGCUCUAUAUGUUUUCUGGAAGUCCAUUGGAAGGCACAACGUGGAGCUUCUAGUCUCAGGUAUCUUUGUGUUUGUUGCUGGAGUUGUCAAGUAUGGAGAAAGAACAUGGUCUCUCAGGUGUGGAAGCCUCGAGAGCUCAACUGGGCAUCAUUACAUCAAACUAUUUCCUGAAGAAAUCAAUGUCGUAGAUGUUGGCUAUUCUAGCAUUGUUUGUGCUGCCCUAGAUUCGAUGCCAUAUAUUCUUGGUAUAUUUUCAGCGAGCAGCCUGUUUGCCACAAGCCCCUUGAGUGAAGACACACUACGAGACCCGGACAAAAUGCUCAAGGUGGUGAGGCUUGAACUUGGCAUGAUGUAUGACGAUCUCUACACUAAGGCUGUUGUGCUAAGAACAAGGAGUUUCAUCAUACUUAGAUGCAUUUCUCAGAUAUCUUUUUUUGUCUCUUUUGCUCUCUUCCACGUAGACGAUAAACGGAGGUAUAGUAGAGGCGACACUGCAAUCACUUAUACACUAUUUUUUGGAGGUUUUUUACUAGAAGUCUGUGCGAUGUUUGUUUUCAUGAUGUCACCAUGGACAUGGGCAUGGUUGAAGGUUAAAAAGUGCAACAGGCUUGCCAAACUGUCCUGGUUUAUUUUUUCCACUAAUAUUGGAUGGCCGGAGAAGAAUCAACGCUGGCCAAAUUUGAUGGGACAGUACAACUUUCGAAGCUGGUUGACUGGCAACGAUCUGCGGCCAAGGACAUGCAAGCAACGAGUCAUGACUGUGGUCAAAAGGUUAUUUAUGUAUUUGUUCUAUGCCGAAAAGAAAAAUAUAUUCUGGAUGAGCAAGCUGUUAGACACCGAGUACGUGAAUGUGGAUAAGAUGAUGAUGGAGUGUGUUGCAAAGGAGAUAUGUCUCUUACAUGAUGAAUUCCCCAUUGGAGAUUCCCCCACUAAACAGCCCCCACACAAGAAGGGACGCCGAGAAUGGCAAAGUAUUCAACCGCUGUUGACAAGAACAGAAACUGAUUUAGUUACUGAUUUUGGUUGUGGUAUUUCGGAAAUACAUAUGCUGACUGAGCUACACUUAAGUAAAUAUCCUCCUCCGUCAGACAUGGAGGCCAAUAAUGCUGGUAUGGUGGAGGUAUGCCGAAAGCUAUCCAACUACAUGAUGUACCUUUUGGUUACUCACCCUUCCAUGCUGCCCCUCAAUAUUAGCGCGGAAGCUACGCUGGAGAGAUAUCAGGUGAAUCCUAGAGUAAUCGAGGAAGAUCUGAUGGUCAAGGAGGAAGGGAAGGAGCCAAGCGAGCAAGUAUUGGAGAGGAUGGAGCCAAGCAAGGAAGCAUUGGAGGGGUUGGUACACAUGUGGACAAGGCUCCUUCUUUACGCCGCUGGCAAAUCGAGGGUGGAGAUGCACAAGACGCAGUUGAGCAGAGGAGGGGAGCUCAUCACCUUCGCCUGGCUGUUCAUGGCCCACUAUGGGCUGGGGGAUUCCCAGCUUAGAAGGAUUCAAAUUACCAAUGACGAAACCAAGACCGUAUGUCCAAGCGUGCCACAGAUAUACGCCUUCUAUGAUCCAAAGUACACAAUUUAUUUAUGUACGUACUACUUAUUCUUUAUUAAGCAAAGCUAG